AGUGAGGAUUGCCUCUAUCUCAACAUCUUCGCACCCAAUACAGGAACAUCCAAUCCUAACCUGUAUCCAGUAUUAGUGUUCAUACACGGAGGAGGCUGGAUAAUGGGCUCUUCAAUCCAAUAUCCAGCCAUGUUUCUGGCUGAACGUCAAGUUGUGGUAGUCACCAUCAAUUAUAGACUGAAUGCCCUAGGCUUCCUGAGUACUGGAGAUGUGAAUGCACCAGGGAACUAUGGCCUGUGGGACCAGUUGAAAGCUCUGGAGUUCAUCAAGAGAAACAUCAAAUCCUUUCGAGGGAAUCCUCAGAAGAUCACCAUCAUGGGCCAGAGUACAGGGGCAGCUUCUGUAGGUCAUCACAUUGUCUCUCCCAGAAGUGUUGAUUUGUUUCAAAGAGCCAUCAUGUUGAGUGGAUCAGAUCUAAGUGAAUGGUCAACUGUGAAGAAGGUUGACUCGAUCAAAUAUGCCAAGGCUCUUGCUUACGAGAUUGGGUGUCCGGUUGAUGACAUGGAGAGACUGGUGGAUUGUCUUCGCUACUACAGAACUUAUAAUGAAAUUGUCAAUGCUUCCAUGAGAGUGAGCUUAUUGGUGAAUGGUAAUAUUGUGGGUGUGGACUAUGCCUUCCUUCCAGAUCAUCCUGCUGAUAUCAGGCUUCAAGGUCGUCAUAAGCACAUCAAGGUCAUCUGUGGAAUCGUGGAGCAUGAAGGUUCCUUCUUUAUU